AUGGCUCGUUCCCUAGUAGAACCAGAGGCAGGACAGACUCUUGUUCGAGUGGCCAGCUUCUCCGACAAAGUUCUCACCUUACGAUCACCUCUCCCUGUUGCUGAAUACCAUUCUGUCAGCGGUGUAAGUGGCAGUGCUACUCCUACCGAAAUUGGUGGUAGUCCAUCAGCACCUAACCAUCCAUGCUGCUUAGUUAUAGACAGAAAUAUUGAGGAUGAUAAGCAGGAAAGUACAGAAAGAGAGAAUAGAAGGGCAAAAGUUAUCCAGCCAAGUUCAGAUGGGCUUUCAGAGGAGCAGAAAAGGCGGUUUAUUUCUGGAUUCUCGAUCGUCACAGAACCACUCUACGAAUUGUCGAGGAAGGGUGUAUCUUUCCAGUGGCAGAUGGAACAAGAAAGUGCCUUCAAUGAACUCAAACAUCGUUUGACCAUUGCACCCGUCUCGGCAUAUCCCGAUUUUAGUCCUGAUGCAGGAUUAUUCGUACUUGACACAGAUGCCAGCCAACCCCUGGGCAUUGGCGCUGUUUUAUCUCGAUUGCAACUCAAUGCCACUGAGCGUGUGAUAGCUUACGGGAGUCUUUCUUUGAAUGAGCAGGAGAACUAUUGCGGCACUCGAUUAGAGAUGCUAGCUCUGAGUGGAGGAAACCAGCUGUUGAGGAACUUCACGUCAAUGUGCUAUGCUGCUCGUGAUGUCUGGGCCCAGUUUGAACUGUUGUUGCUACAACAGCGGGUUCUCUAUAUUAAGGCAGCUACCCACACUACCCAAGCUAAACUGAGGAUGGUUGUACCGAAACAGUUAGUGGAGCAGGCCCUUGUCGAAGUUCACGAUGGCGUUGCUGGCGCCCACCUUGGAGGAAUGAGCAGUCUAAUGAAGAUAAAAGCUAGAUUCCGGAGGCCUGGCACGACCAAAGAGCAAGCAGAUGCUGAUAAGAGUUUCUUGCACUUUGAGAAAGUAGCUGGUAAUCUUAAGUGGCCCACGGAUUACCGGAGUUCUGCCUCCUUCGGUACCACGAUGGUGUGCAAAACCAGAGAAGUCGGAAGAAUGACGGAGGACAUCCAAAGCAGAAUCCUGCUAACAAUUAUGGGAAUCCUUUCAGCUCCUCAUAGUCAAGACAGAACAAGUUUGAUUGAGGUCUCCCGAGUUCUAUCCAGUCUGACCAAGGUUCCAAUGUUGUGUGGCAUAUUUCAACACGUCAUGCACGAGCUUGGAGUCACACAGUAUAUGUCAACCGCAUGUCACCCUCAAAGUCAAAGAGCUCUCGAAAGAUGGCACCAAACACUGAAGAACAUGAUGAGGACCAACUGUUUCGAAAGAGAGGAAGAUCGGGACGAGGGUAGCCAUCUACGACUGUCUGCUGCAGCUGAGUCAGUACAGGAGUCCCUAGGAUUCAGUCCAUUCGAGCUUGUAUUUGAGUACACUGUGAGAGGACCUCUUAAACUGCUUAAAAAGAAGUUAUUAUCUAGCAGCACUGAGUCUACGAAUCUCUUGCAGUAUGAUUCAGAUUUUUGCAGUAAGCGUUUUAGAGCUUGUGAGUUAGCUAAAGCUAAUCUUAGUUCUUUCGAGAUGUCUUUGAAAGAGAAGUAUGAUGUAGAUGCUGUAGAACGUGACUUCAAAUCAGGAGAAAAGGGUCUUGCAUUGUUGCCAGUGCCUAGAGAAAAACUUAAUUGUAGAUUUUUUGGUCCUUAUGUCACUGAGAAGAAGCUAAAUGACCUCAAGAGCUAA